AGCUUCGUGGUUGCAGAAUUGAUCAGCAAUUUGGGGCAUUUGCAUCUGUAUUCACUGUGCGUGAACUGCCUUCUUUCCUAAUUACUAAUAGGAAGCAUUUGUUUUGCUGCUCCUGAAUUGCAUAUCAAGACUUUUCUUAUUUUUAUGGCAUUAUUCUGAUAGACUCUGUGCGGCAUAGCUAACAUUUGCCCCGGCGUUGCGGUGGAGUUAGCUGGCGCUCUGGGAUCUGCCUAGCUAGCUAGCUAGACAGUCUGCUAACUAGCUAGCUCGCAACUGUUAAUAAUAAUCUGGAUCUUCUGACUGGAUCAAAAACUACCGAUCGCCGGAUUGAAUUAUCAGCAGCACGUAAACAAGGGAUUUGUUUUUCACUAUAGGCGUCAUAAUAUGUUGCUGUCCAAGUUUGGCUCAUUUUCUCACAUUUGCAGUCCGAGUAGCAUGGAUCACUUACCGGUGAAAAUACAGCUUCAGCCAGUGAAGGUGGAGCGGGAGCCGUUUGAUAAGGUCUACCAAGUGGGAUCUGUACUUGGAAGCGGUGGAUUCGGGACUGUCUACGCCGGCUGCCGGAUUUCAGACGGCUUGCCGGUUGCCGUUAAACAUGUGGCAAAGGAGAGAGUGACGGAGUGGGGCUCAAUUAAUGGCGUUAUGGUGCCUUUGGAGAUCCUCCUAUUGAAGAAAGUAGGCUCCUCGUUUCGUGGAGUUAUAAAGCUCCUGGAUUGGUAUGAACGACCGGACGGCUGGCUGAUCGUAAUGGAGAGACCGGAGCUGGUCAAGGAUUUGUUUGACUUUAUCACCGAGAAAGGUGCUUUGGACGAAGACACGGCCCGGGAUUUCUUCCGGCAGGUUCUGGAAGCCGUCCGGCACUGCUACAGCUGCGGGGUGGUUCACAGAGACAUCAAAGACGAGAAUCUCCUGGUGGACUUGCGCAGCGGAGACCUCAAGCUGAUUGACUUUGGUUCGGGGGCGAUUCUCAAGGACACCGUGUACACAGAUUUCGACGGUACAAGAGUGUACAGUCCUCCAGAGUGGAUCCGCUACCAUAGAUACCAUGGGCGCUCUGCAACCGUGUGGUCGCUAGGUGUGUUGCUGUACGACAUGGUCUGUGGAGAUAUCCCUUUUGAGCAAGAUGAGGAGAUCCUGCGAGGACGACUCUACUUCAGGAGGAUAGUUUCUGCCGAGUGCCAGCAGCUGAUCAAGUGGUGCCUUUCUCUGCGGCCCUCGGACCGACCCACGCUCGAGCAGAUCUUCGAUCACCCAUGGAUGCGUGCCGCUAAGGACACGAAAAGCGAAACCUGCGAAAUACACUUGCGGACCAUCGAUGCGGACACGUCGAGCACGACCUCCAGCAAGGAGAGUCUCUGAAGCCCUGUGGGGGACCUGGCGGAGAAGGGCGGGGCAUGGCAGGGAGAUGGGCGGGGCCUCAAACUGUGGGUCUCCUGGCCUACUCUGGCUGGGCUGCUAGCAGAGUUGGGGUCAUUUGUAUUUCAGUUCAAGCCAAUUCAGGAUAUGAACUGAAAUUCACCACAUUAAUUGAAUUUAAACUCAUCCCUUGAACUGACUGAACUGAAAUGGAAUUGACUCCAACUCUGGCUGCCAGGACUUUUUUCCUUUUUGUAGGGAGCUAUUAAUUUAUUAUGGUUUAUUCCUUAUCAUUUUUUUCUGUUUUUAUAACUUAUUGUUUCCUCAUUGGGAACACUUGCUGUUUUGGCGGUCAUACCAGCACUUCUAUUUAUUAUUUUUUUUUAAGUGCUUCGAGGCUGGUAUAUGAAUCUGGCGACCCUCAUGUUCAGACUGCUCUCAUAGAGCUCGGACGACUUUAUUUAAAUGUUAUCAUUUUGAUUUUGAGUGCCUUUUUGAAAGCUGCUUUUGUGGGGCUUUCGUCCUUUUAUUUACCCGGUGAGCGCUUGUAAGUUGCAAUGCAGGGGUGGGGGUUGAGGCCUCACCCAGAGCAUGUGGAUCACAAGCCGGCAUUGGGU